AUGGCAUCAGAAUCCAAAGCCAAAUCCGCCAUCCCCGCCCAAGACAGUAUCCAGGGCCUCGAAAUCCACGGCGCCUUCACUGACACAGACGGCGUGAUCACGACCACCAUGAACGACCUCCCGGGCUACCGGGUAACCCGCGUGCUAGGCGCCGUGUACGGGCUGACGGUGCAAUCGCGCAACUUGGCGGCGGGGCUGGGCAUGGUGCUCAAAUCCAUCGCGGGCGGCGAGCUGGGCAUGUUCACGACGAUGCUGUACCGGGCGCGCAACGAAGCUGUGGCGCGCAUGGUGGGCGAGUGUUUGCAGAAGGGCGGGAAUGCGAUUAUCGCGCUGCGGUUUGAUACGAGUGAUCUAGGCGGGUUUGCGCAGGUGUGUGCGUAUGGGACGGCGGUGGUUGUGGAGAUGAUUGAGUAG